AUGGGAGCAAAAGAGCUAGUACUGACACCACUGAUAAUGAAUGCGCUGGAGAAAUAUCCGUGGUUUACCAGGCGUGCCAAGUUCCUCAAUGUUCCAACACAGCUCUUAUUCACUUUCGUACUAUACAGCUCAAUGAUUCCAGUUGGUUGUGCGCUUUAUCCACAAAUGAACAACGUGACGGUGGGAACACUGAAACGAUACGAGCCAAGUGCUUAUGAAGAAAUGAGGCGCAAAAUGCACACCGUGCCUACGGCGCAGCAACUUGUCUUCUUCAAUAAAGGACUAUGA